GGCAGCUUCAGUUCAGUUCCGAACCCUUGUGUUGAGUGAUCAUCUCCGAGUACCAGAUACAUCUUCGCUUAUUAUCGUGCAAAUUUGAGCAGAAAACGUCUGGCAUUAAAUGCCUCCCGGUCUAUAGUGCAAAAUCACCACCCCUUUUCCAAUUGGUAAUCUAAAUUUUAAAAACACCAAAAACAUUCUGGGACAUAUUUCGAUUAUAACGAAAUAUUCCCAAUACACCAAUUUGUCGCGGACUUUGAGUUUGGCCUUUGAAUGAUACUGCAGCAGAGCGGAAAAAUCAUAAACCUCGAUCAGCGUUUCGCAUUUUUAAGAGACUUUGACUUUUUCUCCUUUAUAAGUGUCAUUUCCCUAAGUGUUGCUAAAAUGGCGGCCAUUCCACAAGGUGCAUUCGCCGCUUGCAAGAUCCGUGAGCAAUUCAACGAACGGGAGAUGAUUGUUGCCCGUCUGCGGUCCGCUGCUUCCGAUAAGGGUUCCGUUGACAACGGCAAUGCCCUAACCCAGCGGGAAUAUUCCCCAAACAAGUACAACGACAAGCUGAUGAAUUCCAUCUGGGGUUUGUACAACCGCUAUUCCCCCCAUAAUGUCAAGAAGAACGAGUAUGCCCCCAGCAAGUGAAGACCUAAAACGGGGCCCGAUAGCUCCCUAAACGGUCUAGCUGUCGUGCCCCAACUCUGCCAGCAUUUCCACCAGGAUGUUGGCCAAACCCUCAUAUACAAACUAUAAUCUCUUAUACUAUAAGCUCAUGAAAAAGAAUUGUUUUAUUUCCUAAUAUUUUUUAAAUGUUUGUGCUGUUGAAAAAUAUUUAUGAUUUUCUAUGUAAAGGAGCAGGUCCUUGUUAUAUCCGAAAUAUAUAAACUAUAAUCUCAA